AAAGUAACAAAUUUGCGUCGCGUCACAUAUCUUGUGCUGGACGAAGCAGACAGAAUGUUCGACAUGGGCUUUGAGCCGCAAGUAAUGAAAAUUGUGAAUAACAUACGCCCAGAUAGGCAGACUGUUCUCUUCUCAGCUACUUUUCCACGACAGAUGGAAGCACUGGCAAGAAAAAUUCUGGAUAAACCAAUUGAAAUACAGGUUGGAGGAAAAAGCAUUGUUUGUGACGACGUCAAUCAGAAUGUUGUGAUUCUGGAAGAACAUCAAAAAAUGUUAAAAUUAUUGGAAUUACUUGGCGUUUACUGGGAAAAUGGCAAUGUACUUGUAUUUGUGGAUAAGCAAGAGAAAGCGGAUGAUCUGGUGACACAGUUGAUGCGAGCUGGCUAUAACUGUGCCCCAUUGCACGGUGGCAUUGAUCAGUUCGAUCCUCGUGGAUUAGAUGUAAAGAAGUUGAUUCUUGUUGUUAAUUAUGAUUGUCCAAACCAUUAUGAAGAUUAUGUGCAUCGUGUUGGUCGAACAGGACGAGCUGGCAACAAAGGAUAUGCAUAUACGUUUAUUUUGCCAACCGGACAGGAACGAAUGGCUGGUGAAGUGUGUCGUGCUUUCGAAACGGCUGGCAAGGAGGUACCGGCACAGUUGAAAAAAAUGUGGGAAGAUUAUAAAGCGCAGAUGGCGGCCGAGGGCAAAACUGUACAUAUUGGUGGUUCUGGAUUUUCUGGAAGUGGAUACAAAUAUGAUCAGGUGAAGCGAUUUGGGGAUUUUGCUUGCUUAAAAUUCAUUUAG